AUGAGGUCAUACUAUACUCUCUACAAGAUGAUUUACGAAGAAUUCCAUCCAGACAUAUUCAAAGAAGGACCAAAUCCACUUAAUUACUUUUUAUGCAAAGAAUUAAAUAUCCCUGUAUUGGAUCUAAAAAUUAAAGGAAAAUUCGAUAAAUAUGAAUCUAAAAAUUAUUCAUUGGAAAUUCAUGAACCAAAAUCAAUCUUCAGAGCCAUUAUGGAAAAUGACAAAGAAACAUUUAUUGGCCUUGCAUCAAAUGAUGGCUUUGAUCCAAAGAUGACAAUAAAAAGUGAUUUAUAUCCAGAUGAGGGCGGAAACUUUUCCUUAAUUGAUCUUUGCUGUUAUCAUGGAGCUGUUGAUUGCUUUAAGUUCUUGAGAACAGAAUUCAAUUCAUUUAUUGGUCCUGAAUGUCUUUGGCACUCAUUUUUAGGUGGAAAUCAAGAAAUCAUGCAUGAAUGCUUGAAAGAAUAUGAUCCUGACUAUGAAUCAAUGAAACAUUCUAUUAUUUCGCAUAAUAUUGAUUUCAUCACUUAUUUGGCGAAUGAAUAUGAUUUAGAAAUUCAACUAUUUUAUUGCGGAAUCUACAAUAAUCUAUAA